CUCUUUCUAGCCAAAAUGAGCACAUUUGUUUUUGUGAUAGAGGGAUGAAGUGUCCUCCAUCCUGGUGCUGUCUCCUUUAUAAACUCCAUAGCAGCUGCAUGGUGUCCAGUGUGAGCGUGUGACACCGUCAUUACUAAUUUAUCCCAUCUUUCCAUACGGAGUCCUGACAAGCCACCUUUGCCACUUGUUCACUCGAUAUACCCAACAUAUCGGGUUCCUCCGCCAAGAUCCUAUUCCAGUUUCUCCCACCUCUGCCAUCAUCCCAGGGCUGUGGUGACAGGACUUUGCUCUUGCUUUUCCAUUUAUUUGUAUUGCCAUUGGCUUUGUAAUCCUAUUUGAAGUGUGACAACAAACGAUAACAACAACAUGACUUUUAGGAUGGAUAUACUCUUUUAUUUACUGUUGGUUGUUGGCAAGGCUGUUUCUAAGAAAGGGGUGAAAUGUGGUGGGAUCCUCUCUGCCUCUUCCGGCAACAUCUCCAGCCCCAACUACCCAGGUCUGUACCCGUACAACAUGGAGUGUGUGUGGCUGAUUGUAGUGGCCGAGGGGUCCUCCGUCCUGCUCACCUUCCACGACUUUGAGUUGGAGUAUCACGUCACCUGCUCCUAUGACCACAUCAAGAUCUAUAACGGUGUAUCCGAGGAUGAGGGGAACCUACUGGGAACGUUCUGUGGUGUCAUGUCCCCUCCUCAGUUCACCUCCUCCUGGAAUGUGAUGUCGAUCAUUUUCCACUCCGAUCGUCAUGUGACUCACAGAGGCUUCUCUGUGAGUUACAGGAAAGACAUGUGUGGUGGGGUCCUAACCGGUCUGUCUGGCAUCAUCUCCAGCCCCGGCUACAGUCCAGAUACCCAGUACAGCAACAACGCCGACUGUUCCUGGACGGUCCAUGUAUCCAACCGCAGCGUGGUCAGUCUGGUCUUCCUCGACUUCCAGCUGGAGAACAACGAGGGCUGUAAUUUUGACUUCGUGGCUCUCUUCGACGGCCCCACCGUCACCCACAGACACCUGGGGAACUACUGUGGAGGGGAGACACCUCCGAAAAUUGUUACUACCUCCAACCAGCUGCUGGUGGUGUUCAAGUCUGACUUCAACAUCGGGGGACGAGGGUUCAAGGCUUACUACUACUCUGGUGAAUGCCAGCAGGUGCUGUCUGUACCAAGUGCGAAUUUCACCAGCCCCCACUACCCUAACAUCUACCCAAACAACAUCAACUGUCACUGGACCAUCAACCUGGCCGGGGGCUACCGCAUCAAACUGUUCUUCAACGCUAUGGAGCUGGAGGACAGGAACAGCCUAUCAGACGAGUGUGACUAUGACUCUGUAGCAGUGCAUGAUGGGAGCAGGGAGACAGCCCCGUUGCUAGGGCGAUGGUGUGGCUCGGAACAACCUGGGUCUUUGAUCUCUAAGAGCAACAACAUGCUGGUGGUCCUCAGUACAGACAGGAACUAUGCUUAUAAAGGGUUCUCUGCUUCCUAUGUUGGAGUGGUACCAGUUAACAUCAGCUGUACGAGGACAGAGUUUACCAUCCACAUCUCCCAGCAGUCACUGCCUGGGCUGGAACGUGAGAGUAUCUAUCUGGGGGACCGCUCAUGUCCCGCCCAGCUGACACCUACCACCUAUAAGAUACUGGCACGUUUUGAAAAAUGUGGCACUGCAGGCCAGCCACGGCGUAACAUCACUAUGCUGGUGAACACGCUCUACAUCGACUUCUCCGACGGGAAGGGGAGGAGCAUCCAGGAGUACGAGGUACAGUGCGACGCCCAGCGCAAGAUGGCCACCAUUCACAUUGUCUCAGCCGAGGAGCGCCAGAGGAUGAACGAGCUGGCCCGACGCCAAGCAGAGGGGUCUGGGGGAGGGGGAGGGAAGGAGGCAGACCCAGAGCCUCACGACCCCAGUGAUAUAGUGUUUAUUAGCAUCUGUGUGCUGGCUGUUGUACUGAUGGUGAUCGCUGUAAUCUGGCUGGUACUGCUUUAGUAGAGAUGGGGGUACGAGGAGGGAGAAGAGGGCAGAGGUGGGCGACGCAGUCUGUGAGCCAGGACACGUUGAGGUUUAUAAUGAAA